AUGCCUUUAAAGAAGUGCAAGCGCUGGGAAAGCGAGGCGACCCGGCGCCGUCGUGCGGCCCUGGCGAAGUACCGCCAGGGCCUGAACGGCAAAUGGGAGUCCAACGCCAAGAAGGCCAUUGCGCGGAAAGUGAAGCAGAAAAGUCUGCGUACCGGUCCCAUGCUCGCGCAAUGCAAAGCAGUGCAAGAUGCCUAUGAUGCCCAGAAUCUGGCAAAGGCUCAGAAGCUCGUUGAGGCGCUCAAGGAAGCAAAUCAGGCCACGUUGGAGGAGUUGGUGCCGCAACUAGAGUCGCUCAAGGUCACCGGUAUGCUGCUGCGCAGGACCCUCAUUCCGAAGGUGCUACGCGAGUCGGCCAGCAAGUUUCCCAGCAUCAAGAGCAAGGUGACGCCGAUUAUACAGAGGUGGCGAGCGAUUUUUGUUGAGGAGAAGCAAACCCUAUCCAAGGACAAGAAGGAGGCGAGCAGCAGGCCUAAGAUAUCCGAGAAGCACAAGCCGCAGAUACCAGACGUGGAGCUGGUGUUGCCAGAAGUCAUGAGGACGCCACCUCCCAGGCUGCAAAAGCCGCAAAAGAAGCAGAAACGCAUCACUUUGUUCAUGAAAAAACAAGGUGAAGUCAGCGUGUAA